GGUCGUUCGAAAAUACAACAAGGAAGUGGACGUUUAUUCCAAAGGAAAUAAUCUCCAGCCCCAUAAAUCUCUCAAAAUCGAGAGUGUGUCAGCUCGAUUGCUUGGUGUCGGGGGGUAUAGUCGCCGUGGACUUGCCCGAGAGCCCGUUUCUGAUCGUCUUGUGGGAUUCUGCCUUUUAGCCAGCUAACGUUAGCUAGCAAUGAACACGGACGUGGAAUUUCACAUCAGGCAGAAUUAUCCGUGGAACAAGCUACCAGCUAAUGUCAAACAGAGUUUGGGGAACUCUCAACGCGAGUAUGAGAAACAUGUGCUGCUCUACAGUAUCCGCAAUCAGCUGCGAUUCCGCAAUAACCUAGUGCGCCACGUGAGGAAGGAUGAGCGCAAGUAUUAUGAGGAGCUUCUGAAGUACAGCCGGGACCACCUGAUGCUCUACCCGUACCACCUGUCAGACAUCAUGGUCAAAGGGCUCCGUGUCACCCCCUUCUCCUAUUACAUAGGAAUCAUGGAGGAUAUUAUGAACAGUGAGAAGAGUUACGACUCCUUGCCCAACUUCACUGCUGCUGACUGUUUGAGGCUGCUUGGCAUUGGGAGAAACCAGUACAUUGACCUGAUGAACCAGUGCAGGUCCUCCAAAAAAUUCUUCCGUAGGAAAUCGGCGCGGGAUCUGCUGCCAGCCAAGCCGGUGGAGAUCUCAGUGGAGCCGUGGUGGGUGGCACAGACAGGCUUCAUCACUGAGGACGACAUCAGGAUCUGUUCCCAAGCAGAGAAGAAGGCCAUUGAUAAGAUGAUAGACUCUGGCCCACAGCUGGCAGGAUCCAUGGAGUACAACGUGGUCUUAAGCUUGUACAACCGUGGUUUCAUCUACUUAGAUGUACCCAUAUCAGACGACAGCUGCAUCUCAGUGCCCCCGCUGGAAGGCUUCGUCAUGAACCGCGUGCAGGGCGAUUACUUUGAAACGCUCCUCUACAAAAUCUUCGUGUCCAUUGAUGAGCAGACGAACGUAUCAGAGCUGGCGAAUGUGCUGGAGAUUGACUUGGGCUUAGUGAAGAACGCAGUUUCCAUGUACUGUCGCCUGGGCUUCGCUGUCAAGAAGGGCCAGGUGUUCAGCUCCGACCAGCUGCAUCCCACCUGGAAGAGCGCCCCCUCUGUCAACAGACUCAAGAGCACCAUGGACCCCCAGAAGAUGCUGCUGUCCUGGGAGCAGGGCAGCCCGGUCAUGGAGGGAGGCUCCUCAGCCACCGACACAGACACCACCAGCCUGGAGGACCAAGCAGACACAGCCAGCGUCAGCAGCCUGAGCAUCCCAGCUGCACCCACCAAGAGGAUCGCCUUCCUCUUUGACUCCACCCUCACCGCCUUCCUCAUGAUGGGCAACCUGUCUCCUAACCUGAAGAGCCAUGCGGUUACCAUGUUUGAGGUGGGCAAGCUGUCUGAUGAGACUUUGGACAGCUUCUUGGCCGAGCUGGAAAAGGUGGAGAGCACAGCAGAGGGCGAGGCCCAGCGUUACUUUGACCACGCCCUGACCCUCAAGAACACCAUCCUCUUCCUGCGCUACAACAAGGAACUCACUCAGGACCAGGGGCCCGAUAUCCCUAAUAUAGGUUUCCCCUUGGACAUGCUGCGCUGCGAGAGCCUGCUGGGUCUGGACCCGGCCACCUGCAGCCGCGUCCUCAACAAGAACUACAAGCUGCUGGUCUCCAUGGCACCGCUUAGCAACGAAAUCAGGCCCAUCAGCAGCUGCACGCCUCAGCACAUUGGCCCCGCCAUCCCUGAGGUGAGCUCCAUCUGGUUCAAGCUGUACCUGUACCAUGUGACCGGCCAAGGCCCGCCAUCUCUGUUGCUCUCCAAAGGCUCCAGGCUCCGCAAACUUCCAGACAUAUUCCAGGUUUAUGACAGGUUGCUGAUCACUUCCUGGGGUCAUGACCCCGGAGUCGUCCCUACCUCCAACGUGCUGACCAUGCUCAAUGAUGCUCUCACACACUCUGCUGUACUGAUCCAGGGUCAUGGAAUGCAUGGCCAUGGAGAAACUGUUCACAUCCCGUUCCCAUUUGAUGAGGAGGAUCUGAAAGGCGAGUUCUCCUACUCAAACAUGUGCGUGCACAAAGCCCUGCGGACGUUGAAGGAGCACGUGGAUCUGGAGCACCAGUGUGGCUACAUCACCAUGCUCAACUCCAACAACAGACACCGGCGCCGGGCCAGCGAUGCUGCUGACUGCAGGGGAGACACUCAUCUAGGUGGAGGCCUGGACACCAACGGCAGCACUGAGUCCUUUGAGCUGGUGACAGAGGAGAACAAUGGAGACGGCAAAGGAAAGACGGACACCCUAUCAUCUGAAGACGAGUGGGUCCCUUUGGAACUGUGUUUCGGCAUGCCCCUCUUCAGCUCCGAGCUCAACCGCAAAGUGUGUCGAAAGAUCGCCUCGCACAAACUGUGCAGCAAAGAGAGCCUUCAAGAGCUCCUUCACUCAAGCCGAAAGCUAUCACUGAAGGUGCUGAGCUUCGUUCAGUCGUUCCAGGACGGCAGCCAGUCUGCUGACCUGGACAGCGGCGUGUCGGGCCCUCUCAGCCAGCCGGCGGCAGAGUCCGGCGUCCCCUUGCCCGCCCUUAACCUCCUCUUCAAGGACGGCCAGCUGAGGGAGUGGAGCGGGCGGGCCCCUCCUCCUCUGGACAUCUCAGCCCUGCAGAAGGACCAACCCACAUAGGCCACCCCCCUCAAAACCCUCCACGUUUGGUCGCAUGGAAAUGCCAUCUUACCGAAAAGGACCACCCUUUGUCGCAAUGUCACUUCCCAGUGAAGGAGCAAAUCCUCACACAGGCUCUCCAACUCUGCAUCUCCACAUCCGGCCACAAAGAAAUGCCAACAUUGACAAGCCCCGCCAUUCUCAAUCCAUAUGUAGUUGUGGGAAAAUAAGCCCCCAGCACUUUGUCAUAACAGAUCACCCCUCUAAAAGACUAGCUAACACUAGUAACGAACCCCAAGCUAUUGCCCCAAGCUAUGUGAUUGCUUGUGUUUUUAACAAGGCAGUGUUAUCUGUUGGAGUGGUGCUGUUAUCACAGUAUAUAACAGUGAUGCAGGUACAGCAUAUAACCUAGAAGACCAUAUAAACAGGACACUACUGGAAACAAAAGCUCUGUCCUCUGCCCUUCGAUCAAGGGAUGUUUUUGUGAUCCUUGAGAGGGGAAACGUUUUAAUAUUAAAUAAAUGUCAUUAAAAUGAUCCGCAGCAUAACUGACAUAAGUGUUGAAUGGACAUCUUCAGGAAACGUGACAUAUGCAUUCCAGGACCAAGUCUUUGGACUCACCGGGCCACAUGUGGUCAGUCAGUCCAAAUACGACCCCCUCCUCCCUCCCUGUGUCGUCUCCCAUUUAGUGAUCUGAUGCAUGAUCCAGUCGCACAAGUUAUGUCAUUAUUAAGAAUACUUUCUUCAUGACUUGUUAUUAAUAUAAGGGGGCAUUUUUUGAUUUGCACUGUAGGGAAUUCCUCCAAACCUGUGGAUGAAGUAAUGUCUUGAAAUCUUUCCCUUUUUUUUCCCUUUGUCUUUUUUCUUUUUCCAUUGGAUCGUUAGUAUUGCUCGCAUGAUUUCAGAGCUGUAGUUCAACAGGCCGGGCUGCAUCACAACUCCAGCAGGUGCCAAUCUAAAUUUGACUGGGCAUCACAGGAACCUGCUGGUGUUCAUCCUGUUUUUUUGUGGAUUUUUUUUUUCUCUUAUUACAAGAGAACACCAAAGACCAAAUUUUUAGUUUUUUUUUCUUUUAUGGUGACUUUUUUUAAAAGAACAUCCUUUUUAUUGUUGUUUUUUUUUCUCUCUUUACUUUGCUGCCUUAUUAAUGUUGUCCAAUCAGCAGCUUCCAGGUCUUGGAUCAAAUCCAUCGAUUUGACUUGAUUUUUUUUUUUUUUCCACCUUUUGACUUUCAAAUGAUUUAUUUGCAUUUAAUUGAGUGUAUCAAAUCAAUUAAAUCAACCAAAUUGGAUCACAAACUACUGACCUUUGCCCGUUUCCAAACAUUUUGCCAGAUUAACCGAGUGCUCCCAGCACAAUCGGGCAGGAACAGUCAAGUCCAUGUGUCUGACCCGGGCCUGGUGCCUCUGCUGCCUGCUACUAUCUCUGCCUGGCUCGACUCCAGUCAGCGUGGAGUGUGCUCUUGGCCAGUCCGCCACACUCUCCAAGGGAUUCUGUUUACAACUGUGUUUUGAAAAAUAGGGUUUGUAGUCUUGAGAGGAAUGGGCUACUUCGUCUCAAAAGCUCUGUCACAGACCCAUGGGACGGGAAUGCUAAUGUUUUACCCAGCAUUUGAAAGAUUUAUUUUGGCCCGAGAAGUGUCUGAUGUCUGUCAUGAAUUUCUAGCACAGUGCGGAGGACAUUGAGUACUUUUUUUUUAUUGCGUUUAGAGUGGUAAACCAUUUUGUUGAGUUCUUCUUUCUUCAUUUUUGAGGGAAUCUUUCCUUCCACAAUUUUGACCCAGUUGUGGUUGUUGUUUCUAUUAUAACACAAUGGUAAUGUAGAAAAAAAAAAGACUAACAUGAGGUCCUGUUGAAGCAUGAUGGUUGUGUAGAGACCAUUGUGUGUAUGUUGUGUGUGCGUGUGUAUUGUACACCUCACUCAGUCCCUCAGUGUAUUUUCGUAUACAGCUACCCUCCACAAUAAGAGUCCCCCAGUCUGCUGGACCGAAUUCUCUAGUUGAUAGCCUCACAGUACUCAGUCAUCCCAGAUAUUCAUCAUCCUCCCCCAGGUAUAUCCACCACCAGUGUUUAAAAAAAAAUGCUAGUUUUAUAUGUCAACCUACAUUUUAGGAAAUCUUUGUUGUAGCUUGUUUAAUGGGACUCUGAAUAUUAUUGACUGAAUAAUAAUGACAAUGCUCUUGUAAUUAAAUGGGUAAAAAAAAAAAGAAAGUGACAUUCCUCCACAAUAUGCCCUCCCUCUCUCCUUCCCUCUCUGCCUAUCUCCCCUCUGCUCCAGAGAUACGUGUUAUUAUGACAAAUGAAUAUGUAAAAAGUAUAUGAAAAUAUAAAUAAAUAUGUAAUAAGAAACA